CUUCUAAUCUCUGCAUAAGAAAUCUGAGCUACAUGACAGAGUUUUGGCUUGUCGUGUCUGAUCAUGCGGUGCUCCAGAAAUAAACUGUAGCCUACAAAGUCUGUGUUACAGGGCAGUUUCGCAGAGGCAGAGGCAACCUGCUGCAGGGGAGGACAAGGGUGCAACUUAUGGGCUGUCUGUGAGCCCUAGGCACUUUAACAAGCUCAUUUCAUUCUCCUGGAAAUAUAAAGAACUUAUAAUGGCAAUGCAGGUUUCCAGCUCCCGUCCUGCAAGCAUUCUGGGCUCAGAGGAUUAUAGCCUGUAUAGCAGUAUGAGUGAAGAGGAACUGAUUCAGAUGGCCAUUGAACAAAGUCUCACAGAAAACAACUCCGGCCCAACAACUGCCCACACACAUCAGAAGCUGUCAGCCAGCGUCAAUGCAGAGGCAACAGCUGCCUGUCGCAACAACAGGCCUACUGCUAAACAAGCACCCAUAGCAGCCAACACUAGGAACAGGAGCUGCCAGCCCAGUGCUGCACCGCCACCCACCCCGGGGUCACACAGGAGCAUCAAGAGGUAUGAUGGUAGUUACUGCAGCGCCCCCCUCGCGGAGGAAAACAUUGUUGAGAAGGCAAUCAUUAGUGGAGAUGUAGACUCUCUAAAUGAAAUGAUGAAAUCAGGGAAAAAACUUUGUGAACCUAACAAAGAAGGAUGGCUGCCCUUGCAUGAAGCUGCCUAUUAUGGGUCCCUGGAGUGCGUUAAAUUGCUGCUGAAAGCUUAUCCUUCUACUAUAGACCAACGCACGCUGCAAGAGGAGACAGCACUGUACUUUAGUGCUGUGAAGGGACACAUAGAAUGCAUAACUUACUUGCUGCAAUCUGGUGCUGAGCCAGAUAUUGCUAAUAAGUCCAGGGAAACUCCACUUUACAAAGCCUGUGAACGGAUGAAUGCAGAAGCUGCGCAAUUGUUAGUCGAAUAUAGGGCUGAUGUUAACCAUCGUUGCAACAGAGGUUGGACAGCUCUGCACGAAGCUGUAGCAAGGAAUGCUAUUGAUAUAAUUGAUAUUCUAGUGAAAGGAGGGGCAAAGAUAGAAUCGAAGAAUUGCUAUGGUAUUACCCCUCUAUUUGUAGCCGCUCAGAGUGGCCAAAUGGAAGCACUGAGAUACAUCGCCAAAUGUGGAGCUGACAUCAACACACAAGCCAACGACAAUGCCUCAGCUCUUUUUGAAGCCAGCAAAAAUGGACAUGAUGAUAUUGUGGAGUUCCUCCUGGCACAGGGCGCUGAUGCCAAUAAACCUAACAAAGAUGGAUGGUUACCUAUUCACAUCGCUGCUAAAAGGCGAGACAAUGAUGACAUCGUGUCAAUGCUCAUUCCUGUGACCAGUCGUAUCAGAGUGAAAAGAAGUGGCAUCAGUCCUCUCCAUAUAGCUGCAGAACGCAACAAUGAUGAUAUAUUGGAAGAGCUCAUCAACGUAGGCUAUGAUGUCAACUGCACACUUUCUUUUGACAGAGCCAGACUGUACGAAGACCGACGUAGUACUGCACUAUAUUUUGCUGUUAUGAACAAUAAUAUCAAUGCAACCCAAAUGCUCCUGGAAGCUGGAGCUAAUCCCAACAUAGAUAUUAUCAAUCCACUGUUAAUCUCUAUUCGCCAUGGGUGCUUCAAAACUAUGCAAAUGCUUCUUAGUCAUGGAGCUAACAUAAAUGCCUACAUCUCUACACAUCCUACCUCUUUUCCUGCCACCAUCAUGUUUUCCAUGAAGUACUUGAGCUUGUUAAAGUUCAUUAUGGACCUUGGAUGUGAUGCAGACUCCUGUUUCACAUGUCAAUAUGGCAGUGGUCCCCAUCCGCCCACUGAAGAAGCCACACGUCGGUAUGAUACAACUCAUGUGCCAGAACGUAAACAGGCAAAAAUUGUACAGUUCUGUGAAAUGGUUUCUACACCAGAAAUGAGUCGCUGGGCUGGGCCCAUAAUUGAUGUUCUUCUGGACUACGUUGGCAAUGUCAAGCUUUGUUCACGGUUACAGGAACAUUUAGACAGCUAUGAGGACUGGGCUUGUAUAAAAGAAAAAUCACAGCUUCCUCGGUCUCUGUCUCACCUGUGUCGGUUGAAAGUCCGAAGCUUGAUUGGAAGAAACCGCAUCAAAUUGGUCGACACAUUGCCUCUUCCAUGCAGAAUGAUCCGCUAUCUAACCUAUGAUACAUCUAGUGAGUGUUAGACUAAGUUGGUGACCACAAAAGAUUGUACUAAUAAUAGCACAAGUGACAGUUGGAUGGUGGACUUGUGCCACAAAGACAAUGAAGCAGCGCACUGGACCCGUGUUCUUAGGAGUAUUUAACUUGAAUGAGAAAUCAGAUGUUCAUAUUGAAGCCACUUGCACCAAUGGACUGCAAGAGAGAAAAUGCUUGAAAUGGGAUAAGAUGUAAAGCAAUGCUAGGGUAGGAGGGGAAUCUCUGUGACCUUCUUUUGUUAAAGGUUUUGUUAAAGGUUUUUUAGAAGUGGGGUGUGUCAGACAUAUUAGUACCUAAUACAUGAUUUAGUGCUUUAACGUAAAUUAUGUAGCAGAGUAAAUAUUUGAAAUUCUAUUUUCAAGUCCUGGUCUACAAUUGAAGGGCAGGGGUGGGGAGCCAGUGCAAAGUGUUUCGCUCUGUCAGUGCCCAUACAGAACUAAACUAGGAUGUUUUGCUCUAAGGACAUAAACUUUUCAGAACUAUAUGUCUUUAGGCAAAGUAUUCCAACUGACCCUGUAGUUACAGAUAAAAAAUAUAGAGAAAAUGUAACUGUAACUUCUUAUUUUUCCAAUUUGCUUUUAACUACUGUAUAUUUUCAAAAUUGCAAAGGCACUCACACACAAAUUAGCCUGCCUCACUUCUAGCACCACUUCUUAUAGAAUCUAUUAAAUUUAUAUUUGCUUUUCUGUAGAAAUGUUGUUAAUUUGCAAACUGUUGCCUAAUCUGUAAAAGAAACCCCAGUCUAGGUCUCAGUGAUUUCCACUUUAUCAUGAAAAAUGAGAGUGCAGCGUCUUUAUUAUGCACAACUAAGCCAGACACCCAGCUUAGUUCUGCAUAAUAAAGACAUAGCCUGGACACAAUGCUUAUUGCAGUGCUUGCUUCACAAAGCAUUUUAGAAUAGAGUUCCACUCACCACUGCAGCUUGGCUAAAUAUCCAGUGAUCCUUCAACCUUAAAAAAAAUGUUAGUUUAGUACAGGCCCCUGCUCUCUGAAUUGCUGGGAGCGUCAUAGUAUCCCCAAAUGGAGCAGAAGGUCAAUUUACUCAAAAAUACCAAACAGUUCACAUUCAAACCACAUAAUUAUGUUACAGACUUUUGCAACCCUAUAAAUAUGCAUUCAGAUUACAGUAUAUCUGCAUUUUGGCAUAAUCUAUUCUGAAGAACUGCUCCCUUUUUGGGUAAUACACAGGAAAACUGUGACAUUUGGAUUAAAACAGCAAAGAAUAUGUUGUGCAGUAAUACUGCAGUACUCCUCCUAAAAGUGUAGAGCAAAAAAAAUAAUGUUUUUGUUGGUUAUAGUUGCAAUAUGCAUGCCAUUCUGGCAUACAGGUAUAUUGUAUAUAGAUUAUUCUUAAAUUUAACUUUAUAGCCACAUAAGAGUUAGGAUAAUCCUUGUUUUGACUAUCUAGCACUGUAAACAUUAGCUCCAGUUAUAAGUACAGUUCUGUUAUUUUACAUCUCUUAGCAUGGUCACAGAGUGUGGUGUUAUGGCACGCGACAACAUUAAGCUAUCAGCUUAAGUAACUAGCUAUAAGCCAAUAGCUAUAAACUGUAGGUAAAUAGAACUUUUUUAGCACAGAUCUGUGGCGAUCAGUUCUGUUAUUUUUAAUGUACGUGUAAUAUAAACAGCAAUGCAUUUAUUAUUAAUUAAAUUAUUCAUUAGAAUGUUUCUUUCAGUCCCUACCACCACAUCAAGGCAACAUGGGCACAAAACAAUGGCAGCAAAUUCAAAUUUAUGUGUGUGGUUUAUUAACAGUUAAAUUGUUAGUCUUUGGCACAUGACAGACAUUGUUCAUAAUUCCACUUAACAUUCUUGUUUCCUUCUCAGUCAUCUCCUAUAAAAUGCCUUAAUUUGGUACAGGGGCCCCUACAUUGGGAGUUUAUUGUGCUAUUAAUUCUGCAUGUAGGCUGUUGAUGGUCCCUUGCUGGGUCACAUGAUUAGCUCCUGCUAAUUCCACUGCUGUCUCAGAAGUCAUAUAUACUUAUAUUGAGCCAUAAGUACAGUUUUCUCAGAAAUAAUUUUUACAUGAAUACUUACAACAAUAUCCUAUAAACAGAUUUCAGAAAGACGUUUUGUUUAAAGAAAUAACACUUUUCUGUGUUUUCAUGAGAAAAUCUAAAAUAUUUUAGGGCUGCUUCAUCCAACUUAAGUUUUUGAGCCAGUUCUGUUUUGACUAUUAUCUAUUGGGGCACUUUAAUUUAAUGUGAGCCAUGCUAUACAGAUUUAUUUGUAAAUUUAUUUAUUCUCUUCUGGAAACUUGAACACCACAAAUACAGGCAGUUCUGGUCCAAAAACAUGCAUGAACCUCAGACAGUAAACCACCUAUACCGGCAUUGUCAAUCAGUUCAGUUUUUCAGAACAACUGCUGGAUGAUCAGUUACUUAAGGUACAUUUACUUAAUGUAAUUGGAUUUUUUUCUGCAGUUUUUACACAAAAGCUAAUCUAAGGAUUACAGUUGUAUUAUUAAUUUUUGUAUGAGGUAUAUGGUGAUUGUCAACCCUAAAAUGUAUGUGACAUUGGGGAAUACAGUAUGAUCUUGAAGAAAUGUUGGUGAGCAACCUGCAGUGUAAACUGCUUGCAAAGCUUUGGACCUAUUUAUUGCAGUGUACAGUGCUUCUGAUAUGCAGUAUAUAAGAACAGAUUUCCAGAGGGUAAAUCACUGAUAAAGCUGUUCCCAUUUGUUCCCUGAAGCAGUGUUUUCAGUGUACAGCUGACAGAUACAAUAUAUAUAAUACAGUGUUACAGAGUUAUAGCAGUUAAUGUUGCUAAACAGCAUUUCACCAGUAUAGUAAUAAUAGUGAGCUAAAUAGCACAUCUACUGUACAGUGCAGUGUUUCAUACAAUAAAUCAAUAGUGGUUCUAAUUUAUUACAGAAGUGCCAUGGUACAGUGCACUCAGGCAGUGUUACAAGAGGAGAAACUUUGUGUUAAGAAGAGCAAACUGUCCAAUUUUUUUAAUUGUAAAAGUUGCAACUACUGAUUACUGUAUUUUUAGUAUAUAAAAAUGUGCAAUUUAUUUGUUUUGCCACGAGCACUUUUUGUUUGUGUGUUUGUAAUAUAUUAUUGGGUUUUUUCUAACAGUUUGCUUUUAUAUUGUUUGUUUACAACUGUGAAAUUGAAUAAAUGUUUACAAGGUGAGACAUCUGUCAAAUUCUUGGAUUGGAUCCUGCCAUGAAAACAAAAUAAAACAGUAGCACAAGCUCAGGCAAACACAGAACUGUUCCAGAAUUAUAUAAACUGUCUUUAUCGCACUGGUGCAAUUUAGCAGCUAUCUUAGUGAUUCAGCCCCACAUCUGACAUGGACUGUUCACAGCAGUGCAGGAUUGAAUGCACUGAAUAUGGGGUAAUUAGGAAAAGUUAGCUGAGCAUAAAAAACACAGUUACUUUAAAUUAUCUAAUUUUAUAAAACACAACAGGAAAGACUUCAAGACCUUAACACAAACAGUUUAGGGAGGAGUGGUGGUAGGGAUAAGUCAUAUAGCAACAUUGAAAUAUGCCAGGAGGCUACCAUAGUUCAGGAGGGAAGUAAUUUUUUAGUAAAAUAACACAGGCAAGUACUUUUUAUAUGGUAGGCUCUAAUACAAUAAAGCAACUCAUGCAAGGAUUCAAUGUUGUCCUCCUAACAAAGUCUUUUUACACAUAUUCUUGCAAAAUUCACAAUUUAUUUGUUUAUUUAAAAAGGAAUAUUUUACUUCUAUAAAUUAAAAAUAUUUCAAAACAA